CCUACUUUAGGUACCUACUUUAGGUAGGAGAGGUAGGCACCCAGGCGGGUAGCGAACAGUGACACCCGCUGACAGGGCAUGAACGAAUCCCCUGAUCCAUCCGUCAUCCAUCAUCCAUCAUCCAGAGAGGUGCCUAAGAAUAGGCAGGUGGGCAGGGAGAUUCCAGGCUGCCUUUUCGUGAUGCGGUUCGCCUCGAUGCCCACUGUCAGACUUCUUUCCUCCUACAUCCUUUCUUUUCACAGUCACCGCAACCAAGGCCAUACUGCGAGCUUCUUGGCCAUGAUCCCACGCAAUACGCAUGCAUAGCCGAGCGAAAAAUUUCUCCCCUUUUUUUCACGAAUGAUCACGGAAUCCCACGCUCGCAAGUCAGUCAGCGCUGGGCGGAGCCUGUUUGGGCAGGAAUCGAGUGAUUUGAAUGGGCGCGUCGUUCGUCAACCAAGACAUCGCGAGACAAGCUUCGACGAACCCUCCCGGGCCUCAGCAGGCCGAUACGAAAACAUAGGUGGUACCAAGCAAGGUCAGACAAGUGACAGAGAGCAUAAUGUCGGAUCCACGGACAAAGCAGCACAGCGGCGGCGGCGCCCCGGCCCCGAGCAGCGAGAGUGAGACAUCGCCGCUCCUCGUACCCGAGCCCACCACCUCCUACGGCCGAGCCCUGAGCCAGAGCGAUUCCGACGUCCACGGCGUCGUCAAACAGCAAUCCGAACCUAUCGCAGCAGGCCGCAUCACCACCGCCGAGCGCGUCUGGCUCUUUGUCGGCAUCUUCCUCGUCGGCUACGCCUACGGCCUCGACAGCCAGGUCCGCGGCACCUACCAGCCUUACGCCACCUCGAGCCUGAACCUGCACUCGUCCCAUUCCACCAUCAACGUCCUGCGCAGCGUCGUCGCCGUCGCCUCACAGCCAACUGCCGCCAAGAUCGCAGACAUUUACGGCCGCUUCGAGACUGUUGUCGCUGCCAUCCUACUCUACGUCCUAGGCACUGCUCUCGAGGCUACCGCCACCUCGGUCGAGCUGUUCUGCGCCGGCGCCAUCCUGUACCAGAUCGGCUGGACAUGCAUCGUCCUCCUCCUCGAGGUCCUCGUCGCCGACUUCUCCUCCAUGCGCUCCCGCGUCUUCUUCAGUUAUAUCCCCGCCAUCCCUUUCGUCUUCAACACCUGGAUCAGCGGCACCGUCACCUCUGCCGUUCUGCGCGUCACCUCUUGGAGAUGGGGCAUCGGCAUGUGGGCCAUCAUCCUGCCCGUCUGUUCCAUUCCGCUGCUCACGAGCCUGUACUCUUUCGGUCAGCAGUCCCGGAAGUCCGAAUCCCACCCCGAGCCCAAGAGGGCCGCCGUCGACUUGUUCCAUCAACUUGACGUCGUCGGCCUCGCCAUCCUCGUCGCCGCCUUUUCCUUCACCUUGGCGCCCCUCACUCUGGCUGGCGGGACGGCGAGUCACUGGAAAUCCCCCGCCAUCAUCUUCCCCCUUGUUUUUGGCCUGCUCUGCAUUCCGGCCUUCGUCUUUUGGGAACGUCGGCACGCCCAGGUCCCCCUCAUACCCUUCCGCCUCCUCAAGGACCGCGGAGUCUGGUCGGCCCUGGCGGUACGGAGUCUGCUCAACUUCGCCUGGUCGACCCAGGGAAACUACCUGUAUACCGUGCUCGUCGUAGCGUUUGAUUUCUCCAUCGAGACAGCGACCCGCAUCUUGUCAUUCUUCUCCUUUUUUGGCGUUUUCAGCGGCGUCAUGGUCGGCAUUGUCGUCUACCGGACCCGCAGGCUGAAGGGCAUCAUCAUCACAGGCGCUUGCAUUUUCACGGCCUCUUUCGGCCUUCUCGUUUUAUAUCCCGGGGGCGCCACAUCGGCUUCGCAGUCCGGUCUCGUAGCCGCCCAAAUCAUCAUGGGCUUGGCCGGCGGCUUGUUCGCCUACCCGACGCAGGCCUCCAUUCAGGCGUCCGCAGACCACGAGCACGUUGCCGUUAUCACCAGCCUCUACCUGUCCGUCUUCAACGUUGGAAGCGCCUUGGGGAACUGCCUGUCGGGUGCACUCUGGACGCAGCUGCUCUACCCUUCCCUGAAGCAGAAUCUUGCUUUCCAGCCAAAUGGGACGCUGGCGCAGGCCGUCUACAACUCCCCGUUCGCCACCAUUGAACAUUAUCCCGUGGGGGGACAGAUCAGAGACGCCAUCAUCGAUAGCUACAAGGAUGUCCAGAGGCUGCUCUGCAUCGCCGGACUGUGUAUCUGCGUGCCGAUGGUCGGCUUUGCUUUUGCGUUGAGAAACCCGAGGCUAUCGGAGGAACGGGUGCAGCCGGAGGCGUCCAGCGAGUCUGACGCAUGAAUCACGAACUUGUCGGUACUUGGUUUGCUUCCAGCGCAGGUUCUCUUAUGAUUUGGUCAAUCGACCGAGGCGGAUCUUUCCCACUAUUUUUGUUUUCAGAGCAACAUAGGACGGACGAUAAUAUUUGCAUCAAGACUCAUCAUAGAAGAGCGAAUUAAUAGACAAAUCUCGAGCAACACGAUGCUUACGAGCGAUUUCAAGUAAUGAGAAAAAAGGAAAUUUGAUACC